CCGUGAUGCGAGCAGCAACUGUUUCGCAUUUAGAGUAACUCGCUAGCUAGUUUAUCGACACGGUUAAUAAAUUUUUCGUAAAUUCACAAAAUCAAUCUAUAAACUGUUCUCAUUUCAAUUCGUUCCAAAGUAAACAAGUCGAAAGAAUUUUUAUUAAUUAAUUUUGCUCGUGAUUAAAGGACGUGUUUAUUAUUUCUCUUUUUACUUUUUAUUUGUUUCUUCUUUUAUUCCUCUUUUCUGAGAAAUUGAACGACCGACUAGGAACUAAUUGUGAAAUCGUAGAAUAGUGUUUGGGAUUUCCUUACUAAAAGAGUUGCCUAGGACUCAAUUUUCGUAAAAGGAUUUAUAUGCGCGUUCGUGCACAUUGACAAACGGAUUCAACAUCGGCGCGUUCCUGCGAUUUCGUUAAUCAUUUGCCGCCCCUGGAGUUUCUACGAAUUGUAACUAUCUCAAGCUGAAGGGAAUCUAACUGGCGGUAACGGUUCAGAAAGGAGGAAAAAUCGAGCGAGAAGUGCGAUAAGAAAAGAGGGAAGAUAUGGUUUCCUCGGCGAUCUUCGGGGCCGCCGCUGGAACUGGUUUAGCCCUGUUCGUCGCAAUGACGAUAGUGGUGUAUCGAUAUUACGCGGUAAGACGAAAGGGAAAAUACUGGAGUAGUCUGGAUCGUUGGCCAGAUCCACCGGGCACGAAGAAGUCGGAAACACGACAAGAAGGCUGUUCCGAGCAUUGUCACGACGCCUCCGCGUCACACGUGCUCAAUUGUUGGCGAAAACAGCAGAAGAAUUAUCAUGCAGUGCAGACUACGGAUUAUUUUCUCGUCGAAUCUGAACGAAAAAUGAUACUCCUUGCCGUGGGACAAACGAAGUUUCUGUUCGAACGAUCGAUCAAACGACGGUUGUUCACGGGCAUUUAAUGGCACACCAAGGAAAUCCAUGUUCUCGAGGCAGUGAGGAACAGAGCAACAAUUUACUCCUCGCGUUGCGUCCACCAGUUUGACGCUCGAACUUCUCGCGAAAAUCUAUUAACUUACGCUAUAUUGCGCUCAAUUCAUGGAAAUUUCGCACGAUAAACCGAUUAAGACUCGUCGCUCGUGCGCAGCUUACGUAUGACCUUGCGCUUUUCGAUUCGACGAAGUCCGCUUACAAGUACCGAUCGUUGCGAAUGUAACUCGGGAAAAUGGACUCGGCAAGGAUACAGAAAGAUAACCGCAGAGAAACAUAUCGCCAUUGCUUUUAUUUUUCCCUGCCUUUAAAAUUCAUCCGGUUCGCUGUGUAAUUUAACGAAAUUCGUAAUCUCCUUUAUCGCGUCUACCUGUACGCGCGCAGAUACAGAAACUGGCCGUUCCAACCGGGAAUCCAGAAUAUGGAAUGUGGAUCGAUACAGCGCUCCACAACGAUAGAUAUCGUGCCUUCGAAACGCCGCGUACACAGUACGAAUGGCGAAAAGGUGGCAUACAGGGAUUCGCCUGGGCCGGAUAGAUUCCGGAAUUUUUAUUAUUUCCUCGACAGCUCCACCCGUGAUAUUGCCUUUUGACAAAAAACAAGGAGAAAAUUUUUCAAAAAUAUAGAGUCUUGCAGAGCUUAGUCUAGUAAAUAGCGGAUUCUAGGUUUCUAUGCUGCGAAACUAACAGAAGUAACGGUAUUUCACGUUUCAUGGAAAUAGACUAUCGAUAUGGUGAUUUGUACGAAAUACAAAAGAAAAUACGAAAGGAAUAUC